GUCCUGUUUCUCCCUCUCGUCCGCGAACCUGCCACUUGGCCGGAACUUUUUAUUCCGCAAGUUUAUAUUCAUGUCGAUCAAGGUACUUGUAUAAAAGUUUGAGGAAAGCGAACCAGUACCCUUUGGAUCGCGGGGGUUCGGCUCUGGGAACGAAAGGUCGGACUUCUUCUUGGAGCUGAGCCAGCCCGGCAAUCCAGUCCGCUCAUUGACCCAGCAGUCAUGUUUGGCUCACGCAAGACCUGGGACAUCAGCCACACCCCCUGCUUGCAGGAACUCUGGAGGAAGGACAUCUCAUUGGAUACAAGUUCAGUGGAUUUCCUCAUGAGUGAUGGUGAGGAGGAUCCCUCCUUUCUCCUGCUGCAGACCUCUUCAUACCCAAGACAUUUGACCUCUGACCUCAGCACCCAAGGUGACCAAAAGCUCACAAUACAGAGCUUGCAGGAUAAGGUGUGUAACUUCCAGGCCAGCCUAUACAGUGAGGAGACUGGUCGAAGGAUACAGGUGUUGCGUCAGCGGUGGACCCGCGAGAAGCAACUGCAGGCCUUGGUAUCAUCCGUCCAUGGGCUCCGGACCAUAUCACAAAAACUGGAAACGCAGAUACAACCCAUUCAAUCUGCCGGAUCUGGGAAACUAGUUGGUUGUUCCAGUCCUGUUCAAAAAGACCAGGGCCAGCUGCAGGAGGAUCUGUGCAGUUCCCAAAACCGACUACACAUCCAGAAUGAACAGGAGGUUCUGAUUGACCAACUGUGCACGAAGGUAGGGAAGCUGGAGGAGAAGCUGUUGGAGCAGUCGCAAGAGGUGGAGAAGCUGUGUUCUGAACUGGGGGCCACAGACUUGGAGAAGCAGCUGGAGGUGGUGGUGUUGGAGAACAAGCGACUGAGACAGGAGCUGAGCAGCUGCCUGCGCAGCCAGGAUGUGGAUGCUCUGCGCAGGCAGCUUGCCCAGCGGGAAGAUGAGGCCAAACAACGGGAACAGCAGUUGUUGCAUUUGCAGAAGAGGAUGGAGGAAGAGGCAGCACGGCUGGAGCUGCUGGAGCAGUCGCUUCGGGAACGAGAGGAGGCAGAGCUGCAGCUCAAUCGCAGGUUCAGGGAAUGCCAGGAUGCCCUGUCACAACAGGCUGUGCUACCCCUGCAGGUCAAGUACGUGACCCGCACUGUGGAGGUGGAGUCACCCCGGACCAAGAAGACUCUACAGGAAGUGCAAGCCAGGAACCAGGCACUGGAGGAGCAAAUGGAGGUUCAACAAGAGCUGUUGCGUGAACUGGAGCAGCAGCUGCAUGAGUCACAGCAGACCAGCAGCCAGUUGCAGGCACAGGUUCAGGCAUACGAGGGAGAGAUGGAAAGAUGCCAGAGCCAGUUGGAGGCAGAGAUGCAGAGCUUGGAAGAGCAAAAGAACCGCAUAAUUGAAGAAGCUUUCAUCAGAGCUGAAAGUGAGAUGAAGGCUAUCCAUGAGAACCUGGCUGGUGUGAGGAUGAACCUGCUGACCCUCCAGCCAGCACUGCGCACACUCACUUGUGACUACAAUUGUCUGAAGAAACAGGUGCAGGACUUCCCCUUCUUGCUCGAGAAAGCUAUUGAAGAGGCCAAGCAAGAGAUCUGCCACGUCAUCACAGAAGUGAGCAGCACCAACCAGGAGCUUUUGCGGAAGUACAAGAGAGAGAUGAACCUCAGGAAAAAGUGCCAUGAUGAACUGGUACGUCUGAAAGGAAACAUUCGAGUGUUCUGCCGAGUCCGACCGGUCAGUCAGGAAGAGCUGAACAUCAGCGAGGCCAGGAAUAUAGUCACUUUUGACCCUGAUGAUUAUGCCAUCCUCCACCUGGCAAACAAAGGGAAGCUGAUGACAUUUGAACUGGACAAAGUGUUUCCGCCAGAGGCAUCCCAGGAGCAGGUUUUUCAGGAAAUUCAGUCUCUGGUAACAUCCUGCAUUGAUGGUUACAACGUGUGUAUAUUUGCUUACGGACAGACAGGUUCAGGGAAGACCUACACUAUGGAGGGUGUGAUGGAUGACCCAGGUAUCAACCAGAGAGCACUGCAGCUGCUUUUCACUGAGGUGUCCGAGAGAGCUCCAGACUGGGAGUACCAUAUCACUGUCAGCAUGGUGGAGAUCUACAAUGAGAUGCUCCGGAACCUACUUGGAGACAACCCCAGUGAGAAAUUGGACAUUAAGAUGUGUCCAGAUAGCAGAGGACAGCUUUAUGUUCCAGGCCUCGCAGAGUUCCCUGUGCAGAGUGUGGAGGAUAUCAACAAGGUGUUAGAUUUAGGCCACAUGAACCGAGCGACAGCAUGCACCAACUUGAAUGAGCACAGCUCACGUUCUCAUGCCCUCCUGAUAGCCACGAUUGCAGGGGUUAACGUGUCCACAGGCCACCGCACAUCAGGUAAACUGAAUCUGGUGGACUUGGCUGGCUCAGAGCGCAUUGGACGUUCAGGUGCUGAGGGCAGCCGCCUGCGGGAGGCACAGUGCAUCAACAAGUCCCUUGCAGCCCUGGGUGACGUCAUCCAUGCUCUGCGUGCCCGACUGGCCCAUGUGCCAUUCCGCAAUUCUCGUCUCACCUACCUGCUGCAGGACUCAUUGAGCGGGGACAGCAAGACUCUCAUGAUGGUGCAGGUGUCCCCACUGGACAUCAAUGUAAACGAGACUGUGUGUUCCCUGAAAUUCGCCCAGCGUGUGCGUUCUGUGGAGCUGGGCCCUGCCCCCAGCUCUAGCCGCAAGCAGGCUGACCACUCCCCUGCAUCAUCCUCACCUACCCAUGACAGUGUAGAGCUGGACUCACCACCGGUGACUCCUGUUUCCUUGCCUAUUUCCCGGGUCAGCAGUGCUGGCCCUGCCUUGGUGCCAGGAAGUGCUCGCAGGAGGUCUCAGUCACACCUCUCCUCAGGAAGGAUGAAACCUACAGCUUGAAGAUAUCCUGUCCCUCCAAAGCUGUGCUUUCCAGGGUAUUGCCCAGGACCUUUACCAUAUCUCUAGUAAACAAACAGAAUCUUUUUUUUUUUUAAAGAAAAUAAACAGAUCAGCUCAUAAAACUUGAACUGCUGACCUGUGAGGUGAGGAGGGGGGGAGCCAGCUGUCCAGGUUCUGGACAACAUUUUAAACAUGACUGCUGCUCUGAUGCUGUCAGAAAUGGGGUGAGGGUAUCAGGCAAAUACAUCCCAGUAAAGUUUAAAUGUUGCUGUUCCUCAGAUACCUGCUGCUUAAUAACACCAGCCCUGCAGCUAGAUUACUUCACCCUGCUGAGAGUUUGAAAAUAGUCUUCCAGACAGUGUUUUUUGGGGAAAAAUGCACUUUAUCUGAAGUUUUUACCUUGUCUUUAUGUAAUAAUGUGUGGAUUUUUUCUUCUUUAAUCAAAACUAGCUUUUACGGUUAGAUUUUGAAAUUCCUGACUAACAGGAUGCUUCACACAAUUCCUUUGUCAAGGACUAUACUCCUGCAAUAAUCACUGCACUGUUAUGUCUAUUCAACCUUUCAACCAAUGACACUGUUCAGCAGUCAGUCCCCAUCAUUGAAAACGGGCACAUGUUGGAAGCAUGCAUGUACACGUCUCUUCUUGUAGCAUCGGGUCUAUUUCACUUAACCAAAGCCCAGCUGGCCUGAACAGCUUCAUUUAUGGCUCAAAAAAACCCAUCUGUUUAUGAAAUCAUAACUGAGAUCUAAACUUGAAAUGUGGCUGCUUGCCAAAGAAGUAUAUUUCUGAUGUAAGCCUCUGUGUGUCACAUUGGGACUGAGGGAAGAAUCAACUGCUGAAAGUUACAGCCCUGCAAGAUCCAGGCACCUGCUUGUUCCACAUUCAUUUGUGUUUUAGUGAUGCUCCUGUACACUUGCUU